CCUGCCUAGUGCUAAGCUCUCGGUGCCCCUCGGCGGGCAUCGGGCGGGCCUGCGAGCGAGAGGCGGCGCCGCCGAGUAGAGGCCGACCCCCGUCGGGCCAGCCAGCCGUGCCUGCAGCAGCCUCGGAGUAAACAAGCGCUCCGCCUCCGCCUGCCUGCGGGGCGGGGGCUCCUUCGGGUUGGGCUUCCCGGUCCUUCCCUCCUGUCGAGGUGACGCUGCUUCGCUGUUGCCGCCCAUAAAGGGGCCGCGGGUCAGUCCGGGUAGGCAGACGGCGAGCCCUUUUGAGCCACGGAUCGCCUGGCCGGGUGCUGCGCAGUUGCCGUCCGCAUUUGGCUCCUGCUCUGCCUCUCCUGCGCGCCAUCCCUAUGUUGCCUCGGACUGAUUGGGGCCUUUCUGGGCAGAGCAAGUGCCCGCUUUGAGGUGCUCCCUGGGCAUCCCUUACCCAGCUUUCAUGGAUCUGAAGCCACCUUUGCUGCUGUGGUGGUGGACUCUGACAGCGGCCCUGGUGGCCAGGGAGGUGCUGGGCCAACACCUCUACACCAACACCUGGGCUGUGCUGGUGCCUGCUGGGCCACAGGAGGCUGAGCGGCUGGCCAGGAAACAUGGAUUCCUCAACUUGGGCCUGAUCCUUGGAGACUACUACCACUUCCAUCACCGAGGGGUGGCCAAGCGGUCCCUCUCUCCCCACUGGUCGCAGCACAGCUACUUGGGCAGAGAGCCAGAGGUGCACUGGCUGGAACAGCAGGUGGCAAAGCGCCGGGUGAAACGAGACGUCUUCCUUGAGCCGACAGACCCCAAGUUCCCUCAGCAGUGGUACCUGUCUAAUGGGAACCAGCGAGACCUGAACGUGCGGGACGCCUGGCAACAGGGCUAUAGUGGCCGUGGCAUCGUGGUCUCCAUCCUGGACGAUGGGAUUGAGAAGGACCACCCGGAUCUAGAGGCCAACUACGAUCCUGCUGCCAGCUUUGAUGUGAAUGAUCAGGAUUCUGACCCUCAGCCGCGUUACACACAAAUGAAUGACAACAGGCAUGGCACCCGAUGUGCAGGUGAAGUGGCCGCCGUGGCAAACAAUGGCAUCUGUGGUGUUGGGAUAGCUUACAGUGCCAAGAUUGGAGGUGUCCGCAUGUUGGAUGGAGAGGUGACGGACGCCGUGGAGGCCCGGUCCCUGGGCCUGAACCCCAACCACAUCCACAUCUACAGUGCCAGCUGGGGUCCCGAGGACGACGGCAAGACAGUGGAUGGCCCGGCCCGCUUGGCUGAAGAGGCCUUCUACCGUGGGGUCAGCCAGGGCCGAAAUGGGCUGGGCUCCAUCUUCGUCUGGGCCUCUGGGAACGGUGGGCGUGAGCAUGACAGCUGCAACUGCGAUGGCUACACCAACAGCAUCUAUACCCUCUCCAUCAGCAGCACCACCCAGUACGGGAACGUGCCCUGGUACAGCGAGGCCUGUUCCUCCACCCUGGCCACGACCUACAGCAGCGGCAGCCAGAAUGAGAAGCAGAUUGUGACGACUGACCUCAGGCAGAAGUGCACAGAAUCCCACACGGGCACCUCGGCCUCUGCGCCACUGGCUGCUGGGAUCAUUGCCCUUGCACUGGAAGCCAACAAGAACCUGACCUGGCGUGACAUGCAGCACCUUGUUGUGCGGACCUCCAAGCCUGCCCACCUCAACACCAACGACUGGGCCACCAACGGCGUGGGCCGCAAAGUCAGCCACUCUUACGGCUAUGGACUCCUGGAUGCCGGCGCCAUGGUGGCUCUGGCCAGAAACUGGACUUCGGUGGGACCUCAGCGGAAGUGCGUCAUCGACAUCCUCACGGAGCCAAGAGACAUUGGGAAGCGCCUGGAGGUGCGUCAGAAGGUGGACGCCUGCCAUGGGAAGGCCAGCUACGUGGGGCAGCUGGAGCAUGUCCAAGCCCGGCUCACCCUCUCCUACAACCGCCGAGGGGACCUGGCCAUCCACCUCAUCAGCCCAGUGGGCACCCGAUCCACCCUCCUGGCUGCCCGUCCCCAUGACUACUCAGCUGAUGGCUUCAACGACUGGGCAUUCAUGACCACACAUUCGUGGGAUGAGGACCCGGCUGGCGAAUGGGUGCUGGAAGUAGAGAACACGAGCGAAGCAAACAAUUUUGGCACCCUUACCAAGUUCACGCUGGUUCUGUACGGGACGGCCUUGGAUCCCCCCAGCCUCCCCAACCAGCUUGAGAGCAGCGGUUGCAAAACCUUGGCCGCUGGCCAGGCCUGUGUGGUGUGCGAAGAGGGCUUCUACCUCCACCAAAAGAGCUGUCUCAAGAUGUGUCCACCCGCCUUUGCCCCAGGCACCGUGCCCACCCCGCUGGACAACAGCCUCAGCCCACACUUGAACACGCAUCUCUGCAUCCCCUGCCACCUGUCUUGUGCCACCUGCUUGGGGCCAGAACCCACCCAGUGUUCAUCCUGCCCAGCUCACGCCCAUUUCAACAGCCAGGAGCAGACCUGUUCCCACCAGAGCCAGAGCAGCCGGGCCUCCCCUGUCCUGGGCAAGGGCAUGGUCCUUGCCAGCAGCCCUUCCAGCCUGCCUGUCGUGGUGGCCAGCCUCAGCUGCGCCUUCAUUGUCCUGGUUUUCGUCCUGGUUUUCCUCGUGCUGCAGUUGCAUUCCGGGCUGCGCCUGCGUAGGGUGAAAGUGUGCUCACUGGAGGCUGGCGGCAUCCUUGCCUACAAAGGGCUGCCUUCGGGUGCGUGGCAGGAGGGGCCUGACGAAGAGGAGGAGGAGGAAGAGGGCGAGAGGACUGCCUUCAUCAGAGACCAAAGUGCCCUUUGAUGAGCCUGUGGCCCCCAGCACAGCAGGGGAGGGACUGAGAGGCCUGCGUCUCUGCACCUGUUCGCUCCUGCCCAUCUCCUGUGGCUGGGCGGGGACUUUGGACUGAGCCCCUAUGGUUGUUGGGGGGCCACAGGCUGCUGGAGAAAGCACUCAGUCACCCUUGUUCCGGUUUUAACUCGCCAAAGUGAUUUUUUAGACUGAACCAGUUUGGCUGUGCCCCCUUGGCAGUGGAAGGGGGCUGCUGUGCAGGGCUCCCUGCUGCGCUGCUUGAGGGAGGACAAACAGGCUCCCACCUCUUCAGCCCCUGAGCCGUUGCCUGCAUCCUAGUGUGUGACUGAGAGCGCCCUGCCUGGGAGGGGGUAACAAACAGAAGCCCCCACCUUUCUUCUCUGCCAGCAGCAAUAAAAGCCUGAUCCUUUCUCUCCUACCCCUACCCCCCCCAAUCCACGGGGCUUGUGCCACCACUUUUGGCCUCUUCCUUGCCCAGCCACACACGUCCCCUUUCCAGUCUUUUAUCCAACCUGGGCAGGUGAGCUCGGCUCCUCUUCUGCCUGUGAUGGUGGGGGUGAUGAACAAUGCCUUUCUCUCUUCAGCACAAUGUGAGCGGCUCUGCCCUUCUGCCUGCCUGAGCAGGAAUUCCUCUGGGCUGCAGAGAGGGGGCAUAGCUGCUGCUUGACCACUGAGCCGUACUCAGCACCACCCUGGAUCCACCCAAAGUCACUGGAGCUUCCACCUUUCCUCAUGUGCCUUGUCCCCUGUCCUCCUCUUUGAUGACAAUCUGUUGCUGGUCCUAGGGUUGCCCUGCCUGUCUAGGGCUGUCUCCUGCUCUGUGCUGCUGGCCCUAGCAAGCUGCCUGGCUGAGAAGGAGGAAGAGGAGGCGGUGGCUGUGCAGUUGUGGGCGAAGAACAGGGGCUGCCCAGGACACUUUUUUUUUCUAUCAUAACUUUUGGUGCGCAAAUAAUUUCUUGUAAUUUAAACAAGGAGCCAAUUCCUGUGGCCAGUUUUUUUUUUUAAUUUAAUGGAUGUGGAUAUAACGCUAGAGAGAUUAAAGUUUAUUAAAUGUUGGAACUAUGCAAA